AUGCCGUUCGCCCAGCUUGUCCUCGGCAGCCCCGGCGCCGGCAAAAGCACAUAUUGCGAUGGCAUGCACCAGUUUAUGAGCGCGAUCGGCCGCCAGUGCUCGGUCGUCAACCUGGACCCGGCCAACGACCACGCCAACUACCCCUGCGCCGUCGACAUUCGCAACCUCGUGACGCUCGAGGAAAUCAUGGCCGACGACAACCUGGGCCCCAACGGCGGCGUGCUGUACGCGAUCGAAGAGCUGGAGAACAACAUGAGCUGGCUGGAGGACGGCCUCAAGGAGCUGGGCGACGACUACGUGCUCUUUGACUGCCCGGGCCAGGUCGAGCUCUACACGCACCACAAUUCGCUGCGCAACAUAUUUCUCAAGCUGCAAAAGAUGGGAUACCGGCUCGUCGUCGUCCACCUCUCCGACAGCUUCUGCCUGACGCAGCCGUCGCUCUAUCUCGCCAACAUUCUGCUGGCGCUGCGGGCCAUGCUGCAGAUGGACCUGCCCCACGUCAACAUUUUGACCAAAAUCGACAAGGUCGCCGCGUACGACCCGCUGCCGUUCAACCUCGACUACUACACCGACGUGCAGGACCUGUCGUACCUGCAGGGGGCGCUCGCGGAGGAGUCGCCGGCGCUGCGCAGCGACAAGUGGUCGCGGCUCAACACGGCGGUGGCCGACAUGGUGGAGUCGUUUGGCCUCGUGCGGUUCGAGGUGCUGGCGGUCGAGAACAAGCGCAGCAUGAUGCACGUGCUGCGGGUGAUUGACCGGGCGGGCGGGUAUGUCUUUGGCGGCGCCGAGGGCGCCAACGACACGGUGUGGCAGGUGGCGAUGCGGGACGAGUCGUCGCUGCUCGAGGUGGGCGACCUCCAGGAGCGGUGGAUCGACAACAAGGAGGAGUACGACGCGAUGGAACGGCAAGAGUCGGAGCGCGAGAAGCAGCUGCGCGAAGCGCACGAGGCCGCCGCACGGGUCGAAGAGCUGGACGUGCCGGGGCCAUCGUCUGCUGCCCCCCCUGGUGCCGACGACGACGAACUCUUUGACGCGGACUUUUCUCAGCCGUCCACGACGGACAAUGGCAUCAAGGUCGUCCGUCGGAGCAAGAAAUGA